UUCGACUAAAGAACGGUUUCCUUCUAAUAAAUUUGCACCAAAAUUCCGUCAAACAAAUUAUAUUAUUGUUUAGCGUCGGAAAAGAUAUUAGAAACUAUGUACUUUCCUAAAUGUUGAUUUUUGAAGAGAAGUGUGUAUAUAUAUAUAUUAUAUUAUACACACACAUUACAUGGUUUUUUUAAUUUGCUGAAUAAGACGGAAAAAUAAAUAUAAAAUUCAGAUGUCUCAAAACACAAGUGUCUAUGAAACUUAUUUCAGACAAGCUAAUCCAUCAGGAAGUGGCAUUAUUAGUGCAAUUGAUGCAGCUGCUUUUCUUAAAAAGUCUGGUCUACCUGAAGUGGUUUUACAUAAGAUAUGGGAAAUUUCAGAUAGUGAUAACAAAGGUUGUUUAGAUAAACAGAAAUUUAAUGUUGCUUUGAAAUUGGUAGCUCUUGCUCAAAAUGGUAAAGAAGUCUCGUUAAAGCUCAUUAAUACACCUACUCCUCCUCCAAACAUGGCGCUUCAGAUGUCAGUUGAUGUGGGUAUCGAAUCUCACGAAUCUAAAAAUUUGGGAAUGUUGCCAUCAGUAGGAAAUGUUCAAACAUCUGACUUUGCAUCCUGGAGUAUUAAACCAAAAGAAAAAGCAAAAUAUGAUGCUCUGUUUGAGAGCUUAAAACCUGUUAAUGGAUUUCUGACUGGAGAAGUAGUCAAACCUGUAUUGAUGAAUUCAAAGUUACCUUUUGACACCCUUGGAAAGAUUUGGGAUUUAUCAGAUAUUGAUCAUGAUGGAUCUCUCGAUCAAGAUGAGUUUUCUCUUGCAAUGUAUCUUAUAUAUCGUGCAAUAGAGGGUGGUGACAUCCCUCUUGUUCUUCCACUCAGCAUAAUACCUGCUUCGAAAAGGGCAUCAACUACUCAGCUUUCAUCUGGUGUUUCUGCUAAUAAAACAUUGAGCCAGACCUCUAGUGACUGGGUUGUUUCUGCACCUAUGAAAACAGCAUAUGAUCAAAAGUUUAUAUUGCUUGAUACAAAUAAAGAUGGGCUAGUUUCAGGUGCUGAAAUUAAAGAUAUUCUCAUAGCGUCAGGGCUUCCACAACCUGUGCUUGCUCAUAUAUGGAAUCUUUGUGAUACAAACAACAGUGGUUUGUUGAAUUCUGAACAGUUUGCUUUAGCAAUGCAUUUAAUUGCUCAAAAGAGAUCUGGUAAAGAAUUACCUCAAACAUUAUCCUCAAAUAUGAUUCCUCCUUCAAUGAAAAUUUCAACUGGAAAUGAUUUAACAACAAUUUCAAUGGAAUCAACUUUCAAUGAUUUUUCAGCCAUCAAAGAAUUAGACAAAGUUAGUACUGAGAUAGAAAACCUUGGAAAAGAAAAAGCUAACCUCCAAAAGGAAAUCAGUCAAACUGAAAAUGCUAUCAAAGCAAGAAGAAGUGAAAUGGAGGAUUUACAAGUUAACUUAGAAAAAGCUAAUAAAGGAUUAGAAAUUCUUACACAGAAAAAAAGUGAGUUACAGAAGCAACUAGAUUCUUUAGAUAGCGAACAAUCUAAACUUUCUACAUCUAUUGAAGAAGUUCUUGAACAAUGUGAACAAGAAAAAAUAACCUUAAAACAGUUAAAAUCAAAACUUGCUUCUCAGAAAUCAGAUGUUAAAGAACAAGAGCAGGAGCUCCAUAAGGGUAGGAAAGAAUUAGAAGAACUAAAAAAAGAAGAAAGUUUGUUGGAACAGCAAGUUGCAGAAAGCAUGAAAAAACUUGAGAAAAUUAAAAGUAAAGUUGCAGCUAGUAAAAAUGAAGCAUUGCAAAUUGAAUCAAAUAUUGAAAAACUAAACUUAGAAAACAAGUCUAUAAAAGAUAAAAUAGAAUCUCUAACAGAUCAGUCUUCUUCAGUUAGUGGUUUAAAUGUUGCUAUGACAUCCGUUAAAAUGAAUGAAAAUGAAGAUUUAUUUCAAAUAAAACAUGACCCAUUUGCAAUGUCUAUUUCUGACAGUGAUCCCUUUAGUUCUGAAGAUCCUUUUAAAUCUGAAUCAUUCAAAGCAUUUUCUAAUGAUCCGUUUUCCAGCGACCCAUUUCAGAAUGAUGAUCCAUUCAAGUCUGAUCCUUUUGUUACCUCUCAAGGUAGUUUGAAAGGUGACCCUUUUUUAUCAAUAGAUCCAUUUGAAAGUGGGGGAUUUUCAUCAAACAGCAAAUCUAAGACCAAAGUCGACAGUGAUUUUUCAAGCAAAGGAAGUAAUUUUGCGUCAUUUGGCGACGAUUCUGAUGUUCAUGUAUCAAAUAAAUUUAGCGAAUCUUCCAAUAAUGCAUUAAUUUCAAACGAUCCAUUUUCUAAUUCUGCUUCUACGCCAAGUUUCACUUCUACAGAAACUAGUAAAAUAAAGUUUUCAUCAGACUCUUUUUCUACAGAUCCGUUUGGUUCUGGAGGUCCGUUUGCUAACUCCGAAGAUCCGUUUGCUAACUCCGAAGAUCCCUUUUCAUCUACAGCUACAGCUAAAUCUGUUGAAACAACAACGACGGAUCCAUUUUCAAGUAACAAAAAUGAUCCAUUUUCGAUAUUUUCAAGCUCAGAUCCAUUUUCCUCCACGUCAAAAAAAACUGAUCCGUUUUUUGAUUCAAAAGAUCCCUUCGGUGCAUUCACAACGACUAAACAACUCAAAGAUGACGACGACUGGUUUGCUUUUGGUAAAAACGAAGGUAGUUAAAGAACAUACUUAAAAAAUUAGUGAAGCGUUUUUAACUUGUUAUUUUAGCUGCAUUUUGAGAAAAUAAAUUAAAGGAUAUUUAAAUUUUAUUGAGUUACACAAACUUACUCUUAACGUGUUUGUUGUUUAUGUCGUUUUUGUUUUGUUGUUGAUUUUUUUUAUGGACUGAAACAUUUUUUUUAA